GAGAAGUCACCGGCUCGUAGAGGACGUUAAACUCUGUCGGGCAGGAAAAAAGAAGACGCUUGUUUGUUGUCGCGAGUCAGCGUGAGUGGAGGAGACACCGCGGGGGCUGCCAGGGUUUCCUCCGACAUCGAAGCCAACGUUAGGACCGUCCGCUACCAGAAGCAGACUCACUUUGGAUUUGUGCAGCGCGGCGGGGGAGACACGGGCGAGCGAAUGGACGGAGCCCCGGAUGUCCCACGGACCGACUGAAGUUGAAGUUCGGCGACGUGACAGCCGGUAAAUGUUGUGACAUUUGUUUUAGAGCGUUCGUUGCUCCAGCGUUGCGUGAGUGGCGGGGUGAACCCCGAGCUGUCAAGCCUGAUGACGACUGCAAACUGCCCCGGGAAUGAGGAGCUGGACUUCAGACUGAUCUUCGGGGAGGACGGGCAGCAGCCGCCGCUAGGCCCCGCAGAUCUGGAGCCGGAUGACAACACAUCAUUCUACAUCUUGAACGUGGGCCAGCCCCAGUCGAUGGUCACAAACCAUCAAACCAUCGGACUACAGCGUCAUGGCAUGCAGACCCAUGCGCAGAUAAUAAGCACUUCUCCUCGUCUUCAGUCGCACAAGCCUUUAUCUCAGCCCCCGAGUUAUGAGGUGCAAGACUCAAAGUAUGGAAGCUCUCCACUGCUUCCCUCUGCCCCUGUGGAGGCACCAAAAGCCUUUGAGUGCCCCAGUAUUCAGAUCACCUCCAUCUCCCCAAGCUGCCAGCAGGAAAUGGAUGCCAGUGAAGAUGAUAUGAGGGCAAAUGGGCCUGAUAGAGACUACCAUAGUGACAGGCCUCUGUCGAGAGACCACUUGUAUUUGCCCUUGGACCACUCAUACCGGGACGCUUCCCUCAGCCCAAGUCCUUGCAGCAGCCUCUCUUCGAGGAGCUGGUUCUCUGAUGCCUCCUCUUGUGAAUCAUUCUCACACGUCUAUGAUGAUGUUGACUCAGAGCUCAAUGAAGCGGCUGCCCGCGUCACCCUGGGCUCGCCGCUUACUUCGCCCAGCUGUGCCUCCCCACAAACCGCCAGUGGGGUUUUGGAGGAACAUUCUCACUGGCAGCACCACCUCCCUGCCUUUCCCCAUCAAUCCCACACCAUCAGUCUGUCCCCCCGUCAGUCGCCGUGUCACUCGCCACGCACCAGUGUCACAGAUGAAAACUGGCUCAGCCCACGGCCACCAUCACGCCCCUCUUCACGUCCCACCUCACCUUGUGGGAAGAGACGUCACUCAAGCGCUGACAUCUGCUACCCUGGAUCUGUUUCUCCGCAUCACUCACCCUCACCAACACCAGGCCCCUCGCCGAGAGGAAGUGUGACAGAAGACACCUGGAUCGGGAGUCCCUCUUUAGGCAUGUCACCCUUUCAGUGUUGCCCUUCGGAGGUGGACAUUCCCUCCAAGACCAGAAAGACUUCACAAGACAGGACAUCUAUGCAGACUCCAAAAGGGGACCUAGGGCUUGAAGAAGGAAGUAUGUCUCCCAGUCUGGACUCUCCAUCAGAGGAAGCCCUGCACAGCCUGAAGAAGGAAGGGUCUGGGGAGCAGUUCCUUUCUGUGCCCUCACACACUUUUUGGAAUAAACCCAAGCCUGGACACACACCAAUCUUCAGGACCUCGUCACUUCCUCCUCUCGACUGGCCGUUACCCAGCCAGUACGGCCAGUGUGAACUGAAGAUCGAGGUGCAGCCCAAAGCCCACCACCGAGCCCAUUAUGAGACGGAGGGCAGCCGAGGAGCCAUCAAGGCCUCGUCCAGCGGCCACCCCAUCGUGAAGCUCGUCGGCUACAGCGAGAAGCCCGUCAACCUGCAGAUGUUCAUCGGAACAGCAGACGACCGCUACCUGAGGCCGCACGCUUUUUACCAGGUGCACCGGAUCACGGGGAAAACCGUGGCCACGGCCAGCCAGGAGGUUUUGAUCUCCAGCACCAAAGUUCUCGAAAUUCCUCUCCUGCCUGAAAACAACAUGUCAGCCAGCAUUGACUGUGCCGGCAUCCUUAAGCUAAGAAACUCAGACAUCGAGCUGCGGAAAGGAGAAACCGACAUCGGAAGAAAGAACACACGGGUGCGUGUGGUCUUCCGGGUCCACAUCCCGCAGCAGAACGGGAAGGUUCUGUCUCUACAGGCCUCCUCCAUUCCUGUGGAGUGUUCCCAGCGCUCGGCACAAGAGCUGCCCCAGGUUGAGAAGUCCAGCCUGACCAGCUGUCUGGUCAGUGGGGGAGAGGAGAUGGUCAUCACUGGAAGCAACUUCUUUCCUGAGUCCAAGGUGAUCUUCCUGGAGAAAGGCCCUGAUGGGAGGCCGCAGUGGGAGGUGGAAGCCAAAAUAAUUCGUGAGAAAACUCAAGGAUCGUGCAUCGUGGUGGAGGUCCCCCCCUACCACAGCAAGAGUGUGGGCUCUGCCGUGCAGGUGCAGUUCUACGUCUGCAAUGGCAAGAGGAAAAGGAGCCAGUCCCAGCGCUUCACGUACCUCUCAGUGAUGGUGAAACAGGAGCACAGAGAUGAGCUGGACCUCCCCUCGGUUCCUCCUCUGUCCAUGCCGCUGACCCACGCUGCUAAUCUGGUGCGCACCCAGCUACCUUCUCCUGAGCAGGGCCACCCAUCGGACAGCCUUCUGUCCAGCUCCCCUCACGGCAUGGGCAUGGGCUCCGGAGCUGCCCUGAUGCCCCUGCAGGCCCCCUGCCCCUCCCUGGGCGCCCCAUCCUUUCAGCACCUGCCUCACCUCCAGGGCCGCGGUCUGCAUCAGCCUCCCGCCGACUGCCACAUGACGUUCCAUCCCGGCUCCGCCGCGGGCCCCCCUUCCGCCCCCUCCCGACCCACCUACCAGCCUAUGCAACACAGCCAGAGUCACAGUCACAGUCUGGCCUUCAACGGUCAGACCAGCCAUCCGGCUCCGUGCUACGAGAGGAUCCCGCUCCACCAGAGCCACAGCUCCCCAGCGCUCCCCCUUGGCAUGGGGGUGAUGUACUCCUCAUCCCCUAGCUCCUCACCGUCCACUCCCUCUUCAACCCCCAACCCGAUUGUGGGGUCUCCUCAGAACCAGCAGUCCAUGCUGGCCCCGUCCUCUCCGCACCUCCACGCACUUGGGGGCUACCACUGCACCCCAAAUCCGUCUUCUGGUGGCCACCCACAUGUGGGGCAGCACUCUUCGCAACUGCAGAGGGCGAUGGGCUACCACCCGGUCAGCCAAAGAUCUGCGUCCUGCCCCACACCGUCCAGCGCCCCUCCAGCCCACAUGAUCCCCUCCCCGCACUCGGGACCCUCGUCCCCUCAGCUCCACUCGCUGGCCUACCAGUCACCCACCUCAUCCUCACCCACAAGCAGUCCUCUGGGGGCACUGCAGCAGCACUCAGGACAGCUGUCCCCGCAGGCCACCAGUCCCUCAGUGACCAGCCUGUCGCCCACUGCAGCAGGACCUCUGGUGCACCCCCUCAGCCCACAGAGACCCUUCUCUUCAGAGGGGGAGAGACUGACCAUCAAACAGGAGCCGGAGGACAAGGAGCCCACCUUUCGCUCUAUCGGCUUGCAGGACAUCACGCUGGACGAUGUCAACGAGAUCAUCGGCAGAGACAUGUCCCAGACGCCCGGCUCCCACGGACGCUCACCGGCACAGUCGUAGCUCACGACUCGCUCCGGCCUCACCACUCACAUCGGACUCGCCGCAGACGGACGUCUCCUCACCCUCAGCUGAGGAAUCAGGAUGUCUGAGGCACCUGGAGCUGUUUCGGUCCCAAGCUUUCCGAGUCGAGUUCACAAAACUCCCACACUGCAGCACAACUCAACAUUUCUGGACCGGUUCUGUUUCUCUGGUUACUAUGACAAUGCUACUCUACUGCAGGGCUGCACAACAUCUGGAACACAACUGAGAUCAGCUUCUGGAGAACCUCGAAACAGAUGAAAGACUGGCGCCACCCACUGACUAAAACUUGCUAACGCAGAAGACAACACAAAUGUACACACACCCCAUCUGCAUUCUGAAACACACAUAGGUCCUUGUACAACAUUGUAACACACCGGUAACGGUGGACACACAAGUCCAUGCAAAACACACACACCAAGCUGCACACAACACAGACACACAAUGCCCUUUCACUUGUUUUUAUAGACACAAACACAAAGCUAAACACACAAACGCACAAUUGGUUCAGUUUUGCUGGUGGUAACACGUUACAAGCCACACUCGGUUCUGGUUUAAAGGUCACUUAAAGCACGGUACCAGAGGCUCAACAAGUCCCUGACACCGAGCCGGAUGGACGGAUUCGUCCCCAAUUUCAUCCAUGCAAUAAUUCACCCAAUCUCCCUGGGGCCCUUGAGUGCCUUCGAAACUGGCCAGCGAAUUUGAAUCACCACUUAGGAAGUAGCGUUUCAAACACAGAUCAGUUUCAAGUUGACCUGAGGAGGUUCAGUUCCCACGAGGCAGCAAUAAGUGACUGGAGGAGCCGAGGCUGGUUCCUGCUCUAACUUUGUGCGCAGACGAGUCAUUGCGGCGAGUGUUUGACAAUGGCGCUCCUGCGAAUCCGAGUCGAGGAGCGUGGCUUUUUGUUUUUGUUCUUGUUGACGAUUUUCAGUCACUUUCCAGGUGAAAAUGAUUCUGCUAUGCAUUCACACGUCUGCCUGAUGCCUUGAACUCGACACAAGCUGGCGCUGUUGCUGAGGGGUUAGUAACACUGUCACCGUGGCUACACUCCAGUCCAGACGCCUCAUGAAUGAGUGACUUGAGAAUGAGCCCGUCAUUUAACAGUGUUAAGACUUGUGACACCAUUAGUUCCGACGCUUGCAUCAGAAGCACACAACAGCGUAACAACAGAACAGUGGUUGAGCUCAGAUGUAACAGUAAAGUAUCGACCCUGUAGUCAAUGUGUGUUAUUAAAGUGUAGUUACACAUUGCAUUGUAGCUGAUGUUACUUGACUUGACUACAUCAUCAAGUUGGCGUAAUAACCGCUUAAUAACUCACUUGUGAUGUCACAUGACACGAGUGAAACAACACUGAAGUAAAAACAGAGUGAUACCAUGUGAAUGUGUGUAUUUCCACACUUGUCCAGUUAAAGGACGCUUCCAAGUCAAGUCUCGUCCAAAGCCUUUUCACAUAACUGUUAAGGCUCAGUAAGAGAGAUCAACUGAAAUCAUUUCCGUCGUGGAUCCGUCGCUUGAGGCUGCACUAGUGGCUUGACGUUGUGAUGACGUUGAGCUAACAUGCUAAUGACGGCCUGCUCCACGAUACACACCAUCUUACUUUCAUCUGUUAUUACUGGCUGCAUCAUCGUGAAAUAUGGACGACAACACACUCGUGUGUAACCGGAGCAGCUCACACAUCCAUGAGGCGACAGACGUUGUGAUGUUGCCGUGACAGGGUUAAUAACGGCCUUCAAGUCCAGUGUUAUGCUUCAUAAAAAUUCUAUAAGAAAAGACCUUGAUGCCUCUAGAUCUAGAUUUGUUGUAGACGCUUGAUUCUGUGUUGUAGCUCAGUCCAUCUGCCUUGUCAUUCUGUGUCUGUCUGUGUUGUCACACUUGUGUAUCUCGGCUAUGCAACAGUAGCAGCAGCACAUAACUGAAAGCUGGAUUGGUGAAGUUCUCCAGGUCCACACGGCGAGCGGCUGAAGAGUGGCUUGUGUGGAGCUUCAGGAUGCCUUAUGUGUCUCGACUAAAGACUUGUCAGGAGCCACUGACCGUCGGUAACUGUUCAAACGUGUGUGUGUGAGUGUUGUUUUGGGGCGUCUAGUUUUCAGCAGCUUGGGGAACUCCAAACUAAACCAGCAGUUUUCUGUCACAACCAAAGAGCGAACAACGGGUUCACACUAUUUUUGAUACUCGGAAGUGGAUGUCAUUCCUACGGGCACACACAGACACACACACUCACGUACACAGACAUUGCAUAUUAGGUACACACACACACACGUAUGAAUGAAAUGUUUUGUAAAUGUAAAGGGAAAUGCAGGUUUAGCUGAUGUUUACCGAGCCUUGUAUUGUUGUACAUUUUGUAUGUUAAAUAUUUUGUAAUUUUUAAGACUGCAGUGCUUUUAUGAAAUUAUUCAAAGGGAGAACCUUCAUGAUACUGUAGCUUCAACGUAGUGGACAUCAAUAAAAGUGGAAAAUGC